AUGCCGUUCAGACAGGCGCUUCAGGGAAUUCUCGACAAGGCAGACAAGGCUUGGGAUGAAAUCAACCAUCGCGCCCCUCAGCCGGUGCCUUCCCACAACCAGCCUCCCCCACCGCCUAUUCCAACCUCUAGCAAACCACCACUAGCUUACCAGGAACAGCACUCGCAACCCCAGAUCUAUUGGCGGCCCAAUCUACAUCCCCAGGCACCGGUGUCUACCAACUUUUACCAUGAACAGGGUCAACAUGGAUGGGGCAAUAAUGAGUCGCAGAAUUAUAUCGACAGCCCUCAAAAUUCAUUCCACUCAAGCCAGGGCGACGCGGUAAUCGUGCGCGCUCUUAUCAACCACGGGCAUCCUGACCCCGCUCAGAAGUUCACCAGCGCCAGACUGUCGAGUCACCAGACUCUUGGUCGACCACGGGGCUGUCUAUCGGCCAGAAUCACUGCGCCGGUGGCCCGAGGCAUCUGGCCUGCUUUUUGGCUGCUGCCUAAAGAUCCUUUCAAGUGGCCCGAGGAUGGUGAAGUCGACAUAAUGGAAGCGUGGAAUGGCGAUGCUGUCAACCACACUUGUCUGCAUUGGGGCCACUUCAACGGCGAGGACUGGAACAAGCAUCGCGUUCUAGAAACUCCCAUCCCCAACAUUAGCUCGCCAGCCGGGGUGAGAUAUGAUUUUAUUUGGGAUGAGGACGAAACAACGGGUCAGGGGCGCUUGGUGUGGCUGAUUGACGGUAUACCCAUCAUGAGGGCCGAGAAGCCACCUGGCACGAGGAAGAUGAGUGAGUUCAGAAUUCUCAUCAAUAUCGCUGUUGGAGGAAAUGUCUGUCAGGGCAACAUGCCCAAUGAUGGAUGCUACGAGACAGUAGUCCGUGAGUUGGCCAUGUGGGAUGCGCCGCCUGGCGGUUGGAAUGAGUUUGACAGGGCUUGGAGGCAUUCGAAAGAUGGCAACACCAUGUGA